CAAAUCUUAGAUCCCUCAACCUUGAUAGCCCUUUCAAGUCUCACCCCCACCCUACACCUUUCUCAAUCUCUCUCCACAUAAAAAUAGGGCCAAGGAGAAAUAGUGGAAGAAACAAGGAGCCAAAGAGAAAAAGAAAGGUCCAACCUUGACAACCCGCCCUUCAUAUUAGGUAUUUUACUGGUAUCUCUAUCUCCCGAAAAUUCCAUGAAAAAUCUAUUUUUUCAACAGAUGUGCUUUGUGUCUCUUCAAAAAUUUGAAAAAAAUUAUCGCUAUCUAUAGUCUACACCCUUUUCUUUCCAUGUAUGUAUAAUAGAUAGGAUUGGAUGCAUAGAAAGCGCGGGCCUUGAAAUUCUGUGUCCAGCGGCAUGAUUAUUCACUUCCCGGCCAAAAACUUGCAUAUCGCUCACACCCAUCAGCUUCCUCGAACGAAACCCAUCUGAUCGGAAAAACCCACAAAUCCAUUCACUUUUGCGCAACCAAUACUCCUGAAUUUUUCUAAUGGGUUUUGAUUUAUAAAUGGCAGGAUGGUCCAAAAGAGUGAAUGGGUCGGGUCUAGAAUGCUUGAGAUCUCUUGAAAACCCCCAGGAGAAGCUUCUUGAUUAUAUAGUUGGGGUUAAAGGCUAUAGGAAGGAGGUUGAGGGAGAAAGAACCAAUACUGAGACUGGGGUUUUGUUUACUAAAUUGGUUGUUCAUUUGCUUGAAGAAUCACACAGCCCUAGGUGUUCUAUCCAGAUGCCGCCCAGGCUUGAGAAUGAUAAACCGGUUAAUUUGUUUAUGCUCUAUCUUGUUGUGAGGGAGAGAGGUGGGUAUGAGGCAGUUUCGAGGAAUGGUUUGUGGGAUGAAGUUGCUAGGGAAUGUGGGUUCGAUUUGCCGUCUGGGGUUCCUUUGAAAUUGGUUUAUGCCCAGUAUUUGAAUGCACUUGACAGGUGGCUGCAGAAGCAAUUAAAGGAGCCCAAGAGUCCAGAAAGAAACAGUGGCAUGGAUGUUGGUGGGAUAUCAAUGGACAUGGACCCCAGCUUCAUGAACGUUAUUAGGACGAUUUUGGAAGUGAAGGCAGGCAAGAAGAAUGUCAACUCUGCUGACUUAGAGAAUUCUAAUAUUGUUGAACCAUCAGUAAUUGUCAAAACAAAUGUCAGUGUAAAAAAGGAUGAUAAUUGGCCUGCUACCACUUUGCUUAAGGAAGAAAAUGCCAUAAGCAGAAAGAGGAAACAUGAAUCUUACCUUGAUAUGGUAAAUUGGGUACUUACAGCUGCAAAGGACCCUUGUAACACAUCAAUUAGGAAAAUACCGGAUGUUUCCAACUGGAAUUCUUAUGGGACUGAUACAAUUUGGAAGCAAGCUCUGUUGCUGAAAGGAUUAAUGCUCUUGAAACAGAACACUGAUUCAAGUUGCCAGAAUUCUGUUUUGCAGAAAUCACAGAAGAUGCACCCCGCAAUGUAUGAGGACAAGAGUGCUCUUUCUGAUAGAGUAAGAUGCAGCCAAAGGCUUGUUGCUCAAGAAGAUUCUUUCAAAAAGAAACGCACACAGAUUUCUUCCAUAUCAUCAACUAAAAGUGUUCCCAAUACUGAUGAUCCAAGUGACACACAGAACACACCUACACAAGAUUUAGAUGCUGGUCGUUGGUGGAACCAGCAUCGUAGAAAGCGGACACCUGUCGGACGUAAUUUCCAAGCAGAAGUACCAGAGUGGACGGGUGAGAUCAUAGAAAGUGAUUCUAAAUGGUUGGGACAUCAAAUCUGGCCUUUACCAAAAGGUGAGAAGCGUGGGAUGUUAAUUGAAAGAAUCCCUAUUGGAAAGGGAAGGCAAGAAAAUUGUGGCUGCCAAAACCGAGGCUCCUACGAGUGUGUUAAGUUCCAUAUUUCUGAGAAAAGGACAAAUUUGAAAUUUGAGUUGGGCUCUGCCUUUUAUCUAUGGAAACUUAAUUGUACCGGUGAGGAUGUUGCAACUUAUUGGACCAAAGAAGAAGAAAAGAAAUUUAAGGAAAUAGUAAUAGCAGGCUCUCCUAUAUCAGAAAGCAAGUCUUUCUGGGAUGAAAUAUUUAAGGAGUUCCCUAAAAAGAGUAGAGAUGCGUUGAUAAGCUACCACUUUAAUGUUUUCCUUCUCAGACGCCGAGCUCACCAGAAUAGGUUCACACCUACCGAAAUUGACAGUGAUGAUGAUGAAGAACAUUGUGGUCCAAGGGCAAAUUCUUUUGGCCGAGAACCUACUAAGCCUUCCAACCCCAUCUUCUCCUCAUCUAAAAAGUGAGCUUAAGAUCCCCACACAGUACAUAUGGUCUUCCGUCUUCCAAUGACUUGUUCGUAGGUGUAAAUUGCAGAAAAUCUUAAAGUGCUUCUACUGUUGAGCAAUUCUUUCUUUGGUGGGAAUAGGCUUGAGGAUGCGGAUGCAAACAUGAUAGCUAUCUUUAUUCACAUAUACCAAAAUUCUUGAUAGCAGGAGGAAAUUUUUGCAUUAUGCUCGUGUGUCCCAAUGGUUUACACCAGUGACUGCUCUUUAAAGAGUUUCUACUGUAUUGUUUUUUCCCUCUUGAAACGUAUUUUUUAAAAAUUAUUUAUUAAUGGGAUUUCUUUCUUUAAAUAUUUAGUUUCAUCUCCAC